CCCCCCUCCCUCUCGUCUACACCUCGACUGCGCGACUGCACUAAACACAUCAGUAGAACUUCCGCGCGACUUCUGUGCAGCAGCCGAACACCACCCUCGAUCUGCAGCUCCUGCGUCGCCCUCACACCUCUCGCCCCGUUUCCCCAUUUGCCUCAAGGACACGCUCCCCACGAAAGCAGUAGCAAAAUCAUCCCCACAAGCAACCGCCCGCCAUGGCCUCGCGAUCCGCCGACAAGAAGCCUGUAGGCUUCGCCACACAACUAACCGCAGGAGGGAUCGCAGGCGCGAUGGAAGCGCUGUGCUGCCAACCGCUCGACACGAUCAAGGUCCGAAUGCAGCUCUCGCGGUCUGGGCGUGCACCCGGGACGAAAGCGCGCGGGUUCAUCGCGACGGGCGCCAUGAUCGUCCGGCGAGAAACGCCCCUCGCGCUCUACAAAGGUCUCGGAGCGGUGCUCUCCGGGAUCGUCCCCAAGAUGGCCAUCCGCUUCGCGAGUUUUGAAAAGUACAAGGCGCUCCUCGCGGACAAGUCCACCGGCCAAACCGCCGUCGGGAACAUCUUCAUCGCCGGCCUCGGCGCCGGCGUAACCGAAGCAGUCCUCGUCGUCACGCCCAUGGAAGUCGUCAAGAUCCGGCUCCAAGCGCAGCAACACUCGCUCGCGGACCCGCUCGAGGCGCCCCGCUACCGCAACGCGGGCCACGCCGUGUACGCGAUCGUGCGCGAGGAGGGCUUCAGCGCGCUCUACCGCGGCGUGUCGCUCACCGCGCUGCGCCAGGCGACGAACCAGGGCGCGAACUUCACCGCGUACCAGGAGCUCAAGAAGGCCGCGCACCGCUGGCAGCCGGACCUCGCCGAUUUGCCGUCGUGGCAGCACAUGGGCAUUGGCCUCAUUUCUGGGGCGAUGGGCCCGUUUUCGAACGCGCCGAUCGAUACUAUCAAGACGCGGCUGCAGAAAGCAGAAGCGCUCCCGGGGCAGAGCGCGUUCCAGCGCAUCGCCGCGAUCGCGCGCGACAUGUGGCGCCAGGAGGGCGUGAGCUCGUUCUACAAGGGCAUCACCCCGCGCGUGCUGCGCGUCGCGCCCGGGCAGGCGAUCGUGUUCGCCGUGUACGAGCGCGUGAGGCGCAGCAUGGAGACCCUCCAGGGCAGCAGCGAGGACCGCAUACACAGCGAGUAGGGGAUGUGUGGGGCUGAUUUGGGGCGGUUGUCUGGGGAGGAUGAUGAGGGGAAGAGAGAGGGUAGAGGGGUUAGAAAGGGCGUGUAGGUCGCGAGAGGGGACGCUUGGGUUAUACCCGGCUUUGGCGUGUACGAUAUGUUCAUUUAACAGACACAGUCUUCUGCAACCUCUUCUAGAGCCUCAUGCUCGUUUGGUUGUCUAGUCGGGUUGCAUACCGCAUCGUUCGCGUGGGCGUACCAUACGCUGGCUCCGCGGCCCAGGCCUUACGCCGUUCCUCUGGAUCCAUCCUGCGUCCUACGUACCAGACCUUCGGACCCGUGUACAUAUACGUCCACAUCUCGUACUCUCCUUGGCACUAAC